AAACGCUCCCUUUCCCACGCUCCAAAUUACUCUCCAUCUCGCUCGCUACUUCCCGCGCGCCGUGUGUUGUUUCGUUUCGUUUGACUUACCAGUCGCUCCGAGCACAAUAAUCAUUCUAUUCUUCUUUGACCGACGUCGGGUUCACCCCGCUCUUUUGGUCUCUUAGUCACCUGGUAACCCGCCGCUUCCAUAGCCCCGUCGCGUCCGCAUAUCCCGCUGUCGGCCGACACAAUGGUCUCCGACGAGACGUACGAGAUCUGCCUCCCUAUUCUCCAGGACCCGAACAUCGAGGAUGAGGACAAGACGGACAAGCUCGAGGAGCUGCUUAAAGAAAAGACAAGCCUGACUGGCCAAGCCCUGGAGAACGCCGUGUUGGAUGCGUUGUGGCGAUAUCGAGAGGGGGGAGGGAGUGCGACUUCGCCGCCGCCGAUCAGACAAACUAUUUUGCGACGGCCAUCGCCGGCUUCCUGGCGUGGUUCUGGGACCCCGCUCUCGAGCUCGCCUCGCUUGGGCGUCAGUCCGCUUGCCCCGCCAGGCUUCUUGCCGACGCCCUUUGGUCGCACAAAGUCGUCGACCGCUUCGCCCUUCGGAUCCCCGAGACCGUCCCCGAGGCUCGCGUUUGCCACUCCCGUGCCGCACAGUCCGAGCUUGAACGCGUACCAGUUCGCCAACGACGAGGCGCCUUCGCAGGAGGUCUUUGGUGACUACCAGUCGGACAAUGUAGACUGGCUCGUGAGCGACGACGCAGCCAGCGUGGCAUCUUCGGUCGGUGCCUCCAACGGACUGAAUGUCAGCGCUCCCGAAUUCGUUUCCAUGCAGCAUCAGGCCGACAUGACCCCCUACGACAUGCUACGGUCCAUUCUGGGACAGAGCAAGUCGGACGAGGAAAUCAGCGCUGCGCUCGCCCUGCAUGGCUACGAUCUCGGUGCCACGGUUGCGGCCAUCAUGGAGACUCAGGCGCAAGACAACAGGGCGUCGGCUGCCCAGGCGGAGGAGGGCCGCGUGGUCAUCGGCAAGGCGAUGGCUACCGACGGCCGCCCAGCUACCCCGGCGGAUCAGCAAAAGACAGGCGUCAUCUGCAAGUUCUACCUCUCCACGGGCCAGUGUCUGCGGGCAGAUUGCCGCUUCAGCCAUGACUUGAGCAGCCACAUCUGCAAAUACUGGGUUGCCGGUAACUGCCUUGCCGGCAACACCUGCGUCUUCUCUCACGAUCCGGCGCAUCUCGUCAACCGGCUGAACGUCGACGGCUCCGGAACGCCGCCGACGCAACAUGCCGCGGUGAAUGUUCAGGACUACAGCAGUUUCCCGGCGCUCCAGCCCAGUACUCCGGAGCAGACGCCCUUCUUCCUCGCCGCUGCCAACUACCCCGCUGUGGGAGUGACGCCCCCGCCGGGUUUCAAAGCGCACCACGGCGGCUACCCCGACCGUCCCCGGUCUCGGCCAGGCAGUCGUCACCAGCAAAAGGACAACGCUCAGACGGCGCCUUCACCAGACGACGCCGACGCCUUCCCGUCUCUGGGCUCGGCUGCGGUCAAGCAGGCAAAGAAGCAUCACGGCAAGAGGGGCGGCCACGGUCACGGAGCCCACAAGGAGAACGCCGCACCGAGCACUCUGGCAGAUAUUGUCAAGAUGUCUCCUUCUCCGACGCCGUCCCUGCAGCAAAACCGUAGGAUGCCCCGCAAUGGCAGCUCGACGAGCGUUCGGAACGGAGAGAACAGCGCGGCUGCGCAGGCGAUCCCGAGUCCAAAGCAUAUCCCGUGGCUUGAGACUGGCGAGAGAGCCAACAAAGCGUAUCUCAAGGCGCGGCAGGAGGCCAUCAAGCACGGCGGUCUGCGGAACAAGUUCCUCCAGAGCGCGGCUCAAGCAUGGAACCGCAACGAUGCGCGGGCUGCCAAGGCGCUCAGCCUGCGGGGCCAGAGCGAGAACGAGCUCAUGAAGAAGGCCCACCGGGAGGCGGCGCAGCUGUUGUAUGAGCAACGCAACAAGGACCGGGCGAGCUGCCCUGAGAUCUACGUCGACCUGCACGGGCUGCACCCGGAGGAGGCGGUCGAGUACCUCGAGGGCAUCCUCAUGGAGAACGCGGCGGAGAGCAGGCCGAUCUACGCCAUCACGGGCACGGGCCACCACAGCAAGAAUGGUAAGGACAAGGUCGGCAAGGCGGUCCGGAGCUUCCUGAACGAGUGGCGCUACGCCUACCGCGAGUUCUCGGUCCCCGGCGACCGGAACAGCACGGGCGGCAUCCUGGGCAUCGACGCGCGCAGCUGGGACCGGUCGCUCUCGCAGGACGGCAAGUCGCUGACGCGGAAGGAGGAGGACAAGGAGGAGGUGGACAUCCUGUCGCAGGGCGUCGAGAUCGGCGACGGCAAGGUCAAGCUGCUUGUUAGGGACACGUCGGUCUCGAAGGAGCCGCCCAAGGGUCCGUCCGGGGCCAGGGCCAGGUGACGGCGGCGGGGCAGGCCAUGGGGGAUGGUUGGAUGCUGGCCGCCUUUAAAGGGACCGUAGCUAGCUAGCUCACCACUCAGGCAGAACAAGUUAAAGACUAUCACACACACGAGUUUCAACCUCUCGGUAGAAGAAAGUUCUUGCUUGUAUUGUAACUCCGGGUUCGAUGCCAAGAGCUCCCUCUGAUGUUGGCUAGAGCCUGGAGUGAACUGUUAGGCUGCGGUAACGUUCCUGUGUUGUCUAUGUACGAGCCAUGACAAGUC